AUGCGACCUUCAAGGUCGUCGGUGAUCGACAAAGCAGCCCAGCGGCGCGCUUGGCAGCGGUGGCCGGGCGUGAUCGAGCUCGAGGACAUCGCCAAGCUCAGCUCCAAAAAGACCGGGCCAAGCUUCGCCAUCGCGACUGCCGGCUCGCCAGGCCCCGACCUCAGCGGGCUCGACGCAAACGGGCGGGGCCUCGCGGGCAACAAGAGCAGCCUGUUCUUCAGGGCGCCGCGCGCCACCAAGGCUGUCGCGCAGGCCUUCGGCGCGAGGCGGACCCGCUGGCUCGUCGAGAACGUCGCUGGGAUGAACGCUGAGGACUCGCUGCUCAUCUCGCAGCAGCUGGGGAUCAAGCCGUGCAGGACCGAUGCGAUGGACGUGGGCUUGGUUAGGAGACUGAGGCUGCACUGGUUGUCACGGGCCCUGCGGCCGCGCGCAGGAGUGAUCGAUGUCACCGAAGAGGCGAGGCACCGCAAGGCGACGCUGCAUGACGGCUGGAGCAUCCUCGUUCCAUCUCAUGCGCUUCGCACCUUUGCAAAGUUGCACAAGCGGGUCUCGCCGUCGGCGCCGGUCGCGGGGAUCAAGAGCACGAGCGAGACUGCCAUCGCGAGGUGGACGGAGGCCAGGUACGUCUCGCAGGUGUACAACUUUGAAGAUGAGAUGCUGCUGUGGAACACCUCGCGUACUGCGCGGCUGAUCCCCUCGGCAAAUGAGCGCGAGACUCUGAUGGGCUUUGACAGGGGCUAUAUACGCGCGGCCGCGAAGGAAUCGGCACCGAGCCGGGAAACAAAAGUCAUCAGGUCAUCGCCCAUCAGCAACCCCUUCUCGGUGCAAGUCGCGUCGCACGUCCUCGCGCAGCUCCUGGAUCAAGAGACCAAGCAGGGCGCGCCCCCCAUCUUGCCGUUCCUGAUCACCAGCACAGCCCCGGAGCCCUCGGGCCGCGCGCCCGACUUCGAGUCGACAGGGGCGCAGGAUACGGACCUCGCGCAGCAGCUGGUCCUCGAGUAUCUGCGCGUCGCCAGCAGGGGCGGAGCGGGCGUGAGGCUCGAUCUGCAGGGGCCAUUCAGGGACGCCCACCUCAAUGAGCUCGAGGUCGGCGCCGCGGUCAACGCCAUCAAGUGGAGGUCGCGGACCGCUGUGAGGUUCCAGUCCAGGUACCUCCACCCCCUGGAUUCGCAGGUCGCCGCCAGC